UUUUCUAUUCUUCAGGUUCGCUACUGCUUCAAAGUCAAAUCGACCGACAACGCCCACUAUCGUGUGAAGCCCGUCUUUGGGUUUGUUGAAGCUGGCGGUGCAGGCCAACUUGAAGUGACUCGACUGGUAAGCUAGCGCUUCCCUUAAAAAUGCCCCAAAAAUUUUUUUUUCUUUUUCCUUUCCAGGCUGGUCCACCGAGCAACGACGAUCGACUGGAAAUCCUCUUCUUGCCUGUUGAUGCUGACACUCCUGAUCCAAAGGCGCCAUUCUCUGCGGGAACUUCACCUGCCUUCGUUCUUGAUGUGCCCUUGAUUGCUCAGUAG